UCGACGCAGCAUCUCUGGACGUGCCUUGCUGCGGGGCUCUCGGUGCGUGUGUCGGCUCAGCUCUGCGUGACGCGUGGCCAGGAGCGGCGGCAGGCACUGGACGCGGGCCAAGUGAUAAGUCGCGAUUACCGGUGGCAAGACUGUUACGUUCAAGAGAGCAAAGUCCAGGUUUUUCUUAAUGGAAGAGUCGAAUAACGGCCUUAAUGAAAGAUAUUAUUACAACCUCUUGAAUAUAUAGCAUGUGGACGUGAUAUAAUGUGAAUUAACGUGUGGAUUUAAAGUGUGUCAGAAAAAGAUUUGGAGUAACAUUAGUGAAUUAAGACAAACAAAGGGACAGGAAAAGUAAAAUAUAAGAAGGAUUACAAGAAGAUUCGUUUGGCACAGCGUCUUUGGAGAGGUCGGUGCGGUCGCCCUUUAGGCUUGAGCCCCAGCUGUCGGAGGCAGUGGCCGGGCUGGCUGGAGGUGACGCACGGCUCACAAUGUUGGCUUUACUCUACUCCAGUUUGCAGGGAGCUGUGACGCACCUAACCAAGCACACGACCGCUGCAGUAACCAAGCCGCAAGUGACGCCAGUGUUGGUGAGAGUGUCUUCUCGCCGUGCUGGCUGUGCUGACGAAGCGUAACAGACACACAGACACUCAGUGCACAAGCCGCGUAGGCCGGACACAUGGGCUACCUCAGCCAUGACCCUGCGCCCAGCCAUGCCCUCCUGUCGCCUGAGGUCACCAAUGGGUCCUCCCUCGAGGCGGACUCCCUCACUCCCGCCACCCACGCCCCCCCAGACGCCAGCACCACCAGGGACUGCGUGGGACGCUUCAUCUCGGAUCUCGCCUCCAACGCCUCCUCCCGGCUGCUGCACCCGCCCUGCAACGUCUCUCUUCUCGCCGAUGAGUCCGGGCAGGCGAGGGGCGACGCCGAGCCCUUCCUCUUCGACCGCGGCGACGUGCGGGGCGUGCUCAUCGCCCUCUACACGGCCGUCUUCAUCACCGGCUUUGUGGGCAACCUCGUGGUGCUGCUGGUGAUGUGGGUCCACCCUCGCAUGCGCUCCACCACCAACUUCUUCCUCACCAACCUGGCCAUCGCGGACUUCUGCGUCACCGUGUUCUGCGUCUACCAGAACCUCUCGCUCUACCUAGCCGAGACAUGGGUGUUCGGGGACUUCCUCUGCAAGAUGUACAACUUCGUCAACUACCUGAGCUACACCGCCUCCGUCAUGAUCCUGGUGGUGAACUGCGUCGAGCGAUACGUGGCCAUCAUGUGUCCGUUCAAGGCCAAGACGCUGCUCAGUCAUCGUAACCUCGUGAUGCUGCUGGUGGUGGUGUGGGCGGGGAGCGGCGUCUACUGCUGUCCGCGUCUCCUUUACUUCAGGGCAGGAGCCCACGAGCUGCCGGGAGCCCACUACACCGAGGUUAUCUGUCUGGCCGACAGGGAGCUGUACGACUCGCGAACCUUCGACACCAUCAACUUCGUGCUCCUUUACGUCAUGCCGCUCUCCGUCAUGUCGCUGCUGUACUGGCGCAUCGGCCGCUACCUGUGGGUGAACGGCCGCCAGAUCGAGGAGGCAAGGAGAAGCGCCACGCAGGGCCCCUUGCAGCCCCUGGCCCCGCAUCCUUCCCAGCCGCCUUGCUGCAUCUCCGUCAUGAAGGAAAACAUGAUCAAGAAUCAAAACCCGCGCUCCCGGGAGGACGGACAGCUGCCGCAGAGCGGUGCGGGGUCCAGCAGCUCCAUCGGCUGUUACUCCACGGCGGCGUGGCGGCGGCGUUGGCGCCAGCCGAUGGACACCAUCGUCACGGGGCCUUACCACUCCGAGCGGCUCAUCAGAACCUGGCGAAAAGUCGUCAAGCUGCUGGUGGCGGUCGUGCUCUGUUUCGCCCUCUGCAACCUUCCCUUCCACCUGCGCAAGAUGCUCACCUACUACCACCCCGCCUACAAGCCCACCACCAACGCCGCGCUCAUGUUCACGCCGCUCUCCAACCUCCUGAUGUACCUCAAUUCCGCCCUCAACCCCAUCCUAUACUCCUUCAUGUCGCACAACUUCCGCGCCUGCGUGAGGGACGUGCUCACCCGCUACACGCGCCGCGGCAAGAGGCGGCACCUGUCAGGACCGCAGCGGUCCGCCCCGCGGCAGCACCCCAACCCGCAGCUGCACAUCCUGGCGCCCAGCAACCCACACGCCCACGCCCACCCACACUCCCAUCCGCAUCCCCACCCACACUCCCACUCCCACCCACACCCUUGCCCGUUAUCUCGAUCACGUCUCGACGAGCACCCCCCUUAGUGUGACUCGUGAAGAGUGUGAUGCUCGGUAUGUGCCUGUCCCUGUCUGAGUGCCUGUUUGAUUUUCAGUCUAUAUGUUUGAUGGUCAGUGUGUUUGUCCGUCUAGCUGUCUGUCUCUGUCUCUAUCUCCACUCCAAUGUCACUUUCCUUUUCUUUCUCUUGCAGUGUGUGUGUGUGUGUGUGUGUGUGUGUGUGUGUGUGUGUGUGUGUGUGUGUGUGUGUGUGUGUUUUCCUGAGUGCCUCCCCAGCACCCCAAACUCUCCACGACAGAGACCUGGGUGUCGGCGGCAGCCCAGGGCCACUUUCCUUUCCCUCCCUCUUCGCCUUCAACGACCCCAAGCUCGUGCUCACCAAACAUCCGCCGUUUUGAGAGAGCUCACGUCACACCCUUUCUCCCUUGUCAUAUUAACAUUCCGAGCGGUGGGAUGAACGAAGGAGUUUGGGUAAAAACUGUCGCAUUUGUAUUAUGAUUACGAGUAUGAGUGACAAUGAUCAUGUGCAGUUUUAAUGAUUACGGUAUAUAAUGUGUGUAAUGCAGAUAUUUCGGAAAAAAGUAUAUAAAGCUGAAAAAAAUAACAGUCUGCCAAUUUAUACAUACGACAUGACCUACAGGUAAAACAUAAUCAAAUAUAUUUAUUGUUAACUCUAUAUUACUUUAUUUUCACUUGUAUCGAAACAGACUUCUGUGAAAUCUGUAAAACCUACGUGGAAUAAAAAUGUGAAAUAGC